AUGAGAAAUAAUAGGACAUAUUUUUUCCAAGUCGUCCCUCUCAUUCAACACACCGCCGCCGUCGGACCGCUACCACCGUCGCGCCGCGUCGCCGGAGUCAGCCGAAUCAUAGUAUCGUCACUGUCAGCCGACGCAAACUCCUCGUCUUCUUCAACCACCGCACUGCACAGCCUCCGUCCGCCUGCUCGCCGCCUCGUCUUUCCGUCCGCCUCCUCGAGCGGCGCAGUCGCCAUCGUGACGCCGCCGUCGUACCGUCGCCGUCAACCGCCCUACAGCGCCGCUCCGCAGGUGAUCGCAGCCGCCGCAUACGAACAUACGUUCAGAUCCCGACACCGACGUCCUGAAAAUCUGAAGCUUCGAUCGGAAAACUCAACACCACUGUCCACUCGUACUGCCGAUCACCCCGCACAGAGCCGCCGCAACCUUCGGAGCAGCUCGCCACUAACACUCACAGCCGCUGCACACUCUGCCGUACGCUUGGAGCACGACGCUGAUGUCCUUAAAAAACUGAAGCUUUGA